UCUUCAACUCCAAGUCCUUCUUGUCCACUUCGCAAAGCCUAUAUAUCUAAUGCCCACCAAAGCAUUUCUCAAACAAAGAUACUAAAUAGAUCAUCAUGAUGAGUUGCUUGCAAAGUUGGCCUGAGCCGAUUGUCCGAGUCCAAGCCUUAUCAGAGAGUGGGAUAAGAGCAAUCCCGGAACGCUACAUCAAGCCCCUCUCCGAUAGGCCUAACCGGCCGGACACUUCCGCCACCGUCGCCGCCAAGAAGAAUUCAGGGACGUCGUCUCCUCCCAUUAACAUCCCGGUCAUUGACCUGCAAAACCUUUUCAGCAACGAUCAGAGCCUCUGCGACGAGACUCUGAGUCUGGUAUCCCACGCUUGCCGCGAGUGGGGUUUCUUUCAGAUUGUGAACCACGGUGUCAGCCCUGAGCUGAUGAAGAGUGCGAGAAAGACCUGGCGCGAGUUCUUUAGCCUCCCGCCCGAUGUGAAGCAGGAAUAUGCCAACUCUCCGACCACGUACGAAGGGUAUGGCAGCCGUUUGGGAGUGCAGAAGGGGGCGAUUCUUGACUGGAGCGACUAUUUUUUCCUCCAUUACAUGCCUCGGUCGCAGAGGAAUGAGAGCAAGUGGCCUCAACUUCCACCAUCUUGCAGGAAAGUGAUUGCGGAAUAUGGCGAAGAAACGGUAAAGCUAUGUGGAAGAUUGAUGGAGGUAUUGUCCAUAAAUCUUGGGCUUGGGAAGGAAUACCUCCAAAAUGAAUUUGGAGGUGAGAACAUAGGUGCAUGCUUAAGGGUGAACUUUUAUCCUAAAUGUCCACAACCAGACCUUACACUUGGUCUGUCCCCACACUCGGAUCCCGGUGGCUUGACCCUUCUUCUUCCUGACGAUGACGUGUCCGGACUUCAAAUCCGCAAAUGCAAUGACUGGGUUACUGUUAAGCCGGUUCCAAAUGCCUUCAUUGUCAACGUAGGAGAUCAAAUUCAGGUACUGAGUAAUGCAAUUUACAAGAGUGUGGAGCACCGGGUGAUCGUGAAUGCAGUGAAAGACAGGGUAUCUCUGGCCUUAUUUUAUAACCCAAAGAGUGAUUUACUUAUUGAACCUGCCAAGCAUCUAGUGACAGAAGAUCGACCUGCACUUUAUCCACCAAUGACAUUUGACGAAUACAGACUUUAUAUCAGGACAAAGGGUCCAUGUGGCAAGGCUCAAGUUGAAUCCUUAAAAUCUCCCAGAUAAAUUAUUAAUACAACAUAUAUAUUUAUAUGUUGUUCUGAUCAUGAAUAAUAUUCCUUUCCUUUGUAAAACUACAUAUAUAUAUAUAUAUAUAUGUAUCCAGUACUGCUAAUCGUGCGUUUAUAAAGAUCACUUGAUGAAUUACACGAACGAGACAAGGAAGAUCAUCAGACAAUAUGUGAGUCACAAUGUGAACUUUUGAUCUAAAAAGGUGCCCUACUUUUAAUUUUAAUGAAGUUCGUACAUUACUUUUCGUGUCAAUCAAGCUGGAAGAAAACAAAAUGAAUCUGCAUAUAUCAUCCGGCCAUUUAGAUUAA